GAUCCGCCGCGCAUAACAUAAACAAUAUGCUCGAGAUUCACAUGUACCCCAAAUUAAAAAAAAGUUGCCAGUAUAUACGUUGACUCGCGGCGUGAGUGAGCAUUUCUAUGACAGAUAAAUAUCAAAAAAAUAGCGUGACGGUUAGAUUUAGAAAUAUUUUACUGCUUUUUUGUUGUGGUUUUUAUAGAUAUUAAUAGUAUUGUGAGUGGUUUGGAUGAGUAAACAUUAGGUGUUUUGAUACGUAUAAAAAAAUUAGAAAUAUCCAACAUAAUUUUCUAUAGUGAACAUUCUUUUUCAACCCGACCAAAUAUCCAAACAUACUAAGUGACUUUAGACUAUGCUAUAGACAGUUAUUCUCAAAGUGGUUACCAAAAAUGGCGGUGGCUUCGGCAAUGCUGAAAGGGUUGAGCAAUAUGAUCACUGGGGGUGAGCGUGAAAAGGCGCCCGCGGUCGACAUGCCCUCUUCUGUGGAUAUCCAGUUUACUAAUCUCUCGCUUACAGUCACUGAAGGGUUCAGGAAGAAAAGAACGAAGACUAUCCUGAAGAACAUCUCCGGCCUGUUCCGCUCCGGGCAGCUGACGGCCAUCAUGGGGCCCUCCGGCGCCGGCAAGUCGUCUCUCAUGAACGCACUCACUGGCUUCUCCACGAAGGGCGUGACGGGCAUGAUCAGGGCGGGCAACAGUGUCUGCCAGUUGGAAACACAUCAGCGGUCAAUGCGCGCACUAAAACACUACCGCAGCAAAUCAGCAUACAUCCUUCAGGAUGACCGCAUCAGCCCGCUGUUCACAGUCGAGGAGCUGAUGAAAUUUGCUGCCGACAUGAAACUAGGCAACAUGACCGAUAAACUGAAGCUUACUAUGAUAAGCGAAGUGCUGGAAGACCUGGGAUUGUCUGGCACAGAGAAGACGCGGUGCGGUAACCUGUCAGGCGGGCAGCGGAAGCGGCUGUCCAUAGCGCUGGAACUGCUGGAUAACCCUCCAGUACUGUUUCUGGAUGAACCCACCACCGGACUGGACAGCGUGACGUCAGCACAGUGUAUAGAAAUGCUAAAAAAUUUGGCGCGUUCAGGCCGAACCGUCGUAUGCACCAUCCAUCAGCCUACUGCCUCUAUAUACUCGCUCUUUGAUCAGGUAUACAUCUUGGCAGACGGUAUGUGCGUAUACCACGGCGCGAGCGAGAACACAGUGCCGUACCUCGCCAGUGUUGGUCUCCAGUGCCCGAAAUACCACAAUCCCGCCGACUACAUGCUAGAAAUAGCGAACGGCGAAUACGGCAGCUUCAACGAGCUAUUAGCAGUGGAAUGCAACAAGAUGGACUGGACACGCGCACCGACGCUGAUGCCCAGCAAAGCCGAUCAGCUAUGCAAGACCACCAUCUCUGCUGCGGUCAGACCCCCGUCCGAGUGGUACAGAUUGGGCGUACUGUUUCGGCGGUGUUUUAUACAACAAUAUAGAGACUGGACGGUGACCCACCUAAAAGUUUUGUUACACAUCAUGGUGGGCGUGUUGCUGGGAUUUCUCUUCGACGGAUCAGGGAACGACGGCGCCAAGACAUUCUCGAACCUUGGCUACCUGAUGAUAUCCAUCGUCUACCUGAUGUACACGUCGCUUAUGCCCGGGAUAUUGAAGUUUCCCGCCGAGCUGUCGAUCAUAAAGAAAGAAACGUUCAAUAAUUGGUACCAGCUGAAGACGUAUUACAUAGCGCUGCUGUUCACUGGCGUUCCAAUUCAGAUCUGGUACUCGUUCGUGUACUCAGCGCCCUCAUACUUCUUAACGGAGCAACCUCAGGAUCUAUCGCGGUUCGCGAUGUUCGUGUUGGUGCUUUCGCACACCACGCUACUCGCUGAUGCGCUUGGCAAUCUGAUUGGGACCUUUCUCAAUCCCAUCAACGGCACAUUCUGCGGCGCCAUCUACUCGUGCUGCAUGCUGGUGCUGGCGGGGUACCUGGUGCUGCUGUCGCACAUGUCCUGGUUCAUGCGGCUGCUCUCCAACGCCUCCUUCAUCCGCUACGCCUUCGAGGCCAUCAUCUUGUGCAUCUACUCGUUCAACCGCCAGGCGCUACCCUGCCCUGAAUAUCAAGAUUACUGCCAUAUGAAGCACCCAAAGGAAGUCAUCAAGUUGUUCAGCUACAAGCCGGACAACUUCUGGGUGGACAUCGUCCUGCUGUUCCUGACUAUCGUGUUCUUUAGAGUGGUGGCUUAUCUCACUCUACGUCGGAGUAUCAAACGAUCUGGUUAAUACUAGUUAUAGCAAUACUUAAGAGCUGUACUGAACUGACUACAUUUUUCGUAGAAAAUUGGCGCCGGAUUUCUUGAAUCGACUUAUAAUAAGGGGGUGGUACUGGUGCUCGACGCAGUCCCAAGCAAUGUCAUCUUGAAACUUAAGUCGUUGUCAAUAGAGGUGACAGCAGGGUGUCAUCUAUUGGGCAUGUCGAGCACUAGUACCACCAUCAUACUAAAUAGAGACAUGGAAAUGCGAAUCAAUUCGUUCCUAUUUGCCCUUCUACCAUGGCUAAAAUUUCUACGAAUAUGACUAAAAACUAUAAAGCAAAAUAAAUUUAGGUUUUACGGUACUGUACAAAAUGCUAAUAACAUUGAUCCUAAUUAAGUCGAUAGAUAAUUCAGUUUUCAAAAUGAUACUAAGUUUUGAAGACAUUAAUAAGUACUUAAAUAUAAUGGAAUUUAAUUUAAUUUUGUACUGAACCAGAAACGUCUGCGAACGAUGCUAUUAAGCUUAGGAAUAAAUUAAAAGUGCAAAAAUUGAACUAGAUCCAGUGGUCGUGAGUUGAAGUCUCACCCAAGACGGUAAAUAUUUCCACUUAUAAUUUUAAAAUGGAAUUUGCGACUCUGCCCAUAUGUAAAGGUUUUCUGUUAGUCAACAAUUGGAUUAAACAUAAACAUGAAUUGGUGCAGGCAUUUAACACAAUUGUAUAGUAUGGGUAAGUAGGUAACUUAAACAAACAUUAUAUUAUUUAUUUUAUGAUGAUUUCUCCAUAUAAAAUUGAAAUGCAUCUCAUUAUAGAGUAGGGUAAUUCGCAAGUAUCUAGCCACCCUAUAACUAAAAAUGAAAUUAUAGGUGAAUACAAUUCAUUUUUAGUUUAGGGUGGCCAGUUACUAGCAGGUGGCCAGUUACUGGUUCAUUAGGUAUGUGUCGAUUUUGAUACGAUUGUUAGGCUCAUACUGUGACUUUUAAAUAUGUUUUCAAAAUCAUAAAAUUGUUCGUUUAAAACCAAUUAUGACAAAAAACAGAAAUCUAUAUAUAUUUCUGUUUUUUGUCAUAAUUGGUUCACCAGACACUAGUUCUUUGCCAUCUCACACCAACCUUUAAGGAUGACUCAAGCUAGAACGGUCCGGGUCCGGUUCGAAAAGCGUUUGACAUCUCGCUUUCUACGACGGGUGAUCUUGAUCUGUGCUCACGUGUUGUGUUGCUUUUUUGUAUAUAUCUAAUGGACGGCAGGCGUGGCUCACUCCGUGAUUUCGUCGCUUUGCUACAGGUAGCUAGAAGUACAUCCGUUCGACCCCAAUUUUGGGGUUUGCCAUAAGCCGCACGUGGCGCUGUCGCCAUCUACUGUGACAGACGCGUUUUGUUAGAGAGUGAGUCUUCUGUACCUAGUACUAUUAUUUAUUCUGUGCUUACGGGCACUAAAACUGGGAGGUACCUAACUACCUACUAGUUUAGCGGUGUCACUCACGAAUUCGAGCCAAUCGUGCGUCUAACGCAACUAGUUGCGACCAAUCACGGUGUAGCGGUGUCACACGCUGUACUGGCUCCACUCAUGCCCCAUUCAUAUUGGCCGUUAGGCCAGUCCUUAGAUAUACGUCAAUGGUCAGACGCAUCAGUCCGGACCCGGACUGUUCUACUUAGUGUGAGAUCCUUUAUGGUUGUUUUGGGUGGUGAGGCACCUGCAUGUUUAUAAAUUAUAAAUAAAGGUAUUUAAUUGUUAGUAUGUAUUUAGUUAAGUUUGAUGGGACUGUGAUCAUUGUAUAUUUAAGACAGUAGAAUUAUUGCUUUUUAAAUAUAUUAAAGAAAUACCAAAUGUUUAUUAGGUAAUAAUUUAGGCCCCUGCUUAGUAAAUAUGUAAUAAGUUGUGAUAUAAAUAUCUGAUUGCAAGUUAUUGUGUAAACCGGUCAUAAUUAAAUAUGUGUAUACUCAAUUAACGUUACGUAAUUUAAAAUAAGAAGAAAAUGUAGGUAUAUACAUAGGUAUGAUCGUUAAUAUAUAUGUAUACCUGCCACCCUAAAAAUAUAUAUUUUGUAUUUUUGUACUUAUACUUUGUACUUACAUAUUACAAUCACUAUCAUAUCAUCAAACAGAUAGGGCGCGUGUAUGAUGUACUGUAGGGGGCAGCACAGGAGCCCCCAGUUUAUUGGCAUGUGAACUGUAGAGGGCACCACUUACCUUGGCGUGAAGACUUCACGGUGAAGUGUCAAUGUAUACAGAUUCAGGCCACAAGAUGGUAGACCCUCCAACGCGCACGGUCCCAACAUUUGGUGACAUCUAAAGUGGCCAUAAAUGAAACAGGUGUGUGCAAUAUAUUUGGCCACUCCGUUUGGCCACCACUUGUAUUUGAUGCUGACUGUACCAAAACAACAUGCACUGGAUGCUGUUAUUCGCCAUUAAUAUAAAAUAUGUCAAAUCAUGUAAUUAAAAUUAUGACCAAGAGAAGACUUCGGAAAUACUUAAUAUAAAAUCGUAUUUUUGUAAAUAAAUAAAUUGAUUCGAUUAUUUUUA